GACAGGCGUACCUCUGGCGAGAGAAAUGAUACACACCAGUUUACCGUUCCUAUUGUUUACCGCAUCGCUGAAAUGAUAUGGGUUCCAUCGUUUUAGGAGGCCUGACUACUUUGCUCGUGGUUUUAUUAUUAAUUUGCAUCUCAUUAGCUGUGUUCUACAUAUACUUAAGAAGGAAGAAGAAAACGUGGAGACAAGUUAUCCCAAAAUAUAAAGGUUUCGCUAGGCACGAUGACUCUAGCAGGAAUGGUGAUGCCGAUAAUAUAUUGAUGACGACAAAAUUGAUAGACACUUCUCCAGUUCAUGACACUACGAUACCAAGUGAUGCCUUGCCUCCAGCAAAGACUAAACAUCAGCCAAUCAACGUGGCAGAUCUAGCAGACUACAUAAAAAGAAAAAAUGACGCUGGCGAAGGUUUUAACUUGAAAGCUGAAUAUGAGGAACUCAAAUACGGUCAGCUUGGAAAAUGGGAAGUAGGUGUGAAUGCCGCAAAUAUAUCAAAGAAUAAAUUCACCGACGUUGUGGCGUACGAUCACUCCCGUGUUGUGCUUGCCACCAUUGAUGGCGAUGUUAACUCGGACUACAUAAAUGCAUCUUAUAUUAAUGGUUAUAGAAAUGUAAAAUACAUCGCCACACAAGGUACCAUGAGUAAAACAGAAGCAGACUUCUGGAGAAUGGUUUGGCAGGAAAAUACGAGAACAAUACUGAUGGCAACGAAUCUCAUUGAACAAGGACGAAUAGAUAGACCACGUGAUGUAAGAGAAGUCAAACAGUUCCACUUUACCGUAUGGCCUGACAUGGGGGUGCCAAAUUACACAUCAGAUGUGUUGUCGUUCUUACGUAGAGUGAAAACUAGUAAUCCCACUAAUGCUGGGCUUAUGGUGGUUCAUUGUAGUGCUGGCAUUGGUAGGACUGGUACUUUUAUAACCAUAGACUCUAUGCUAGAAAUGGCCAAAGAAGAAGACCAAGUCGAUAUUUUUAACUUUGUUGCAAAAGGUAGAGAAGACAGAAUAAACUUUGUUCAAACCUCGGACCAGUAUGCCUUCAUAUACAACGCGGUAUUGGAGGCCACCCUGUGUGGGAGCACGGAGAUACCAUGCAAAGACCUGAGAAUAACCCUGGAACAAUUAAAGAGAAGGAGUGCAAACGGAAUAAAAACAGGUCUACAACUUGAAUUUGAGAAUCUUGAUAAGUUGUGUCCAACCCCACAUAGUGAUGAAUAUAAGUCUGCGAACGAGCCAAACAAUGCACAUAAGAACCGAUAUCCUGACAUUUUGCCACUUGAUAGUAACAGACCAUACUUGAUGACACCUGCCAAGAAAGGCGACUACGCGAACUACAUCAACGCAAGUUUUCUUUCAUCUUAUGCACAUAAAGAUGCAUUCAUUGCGACUCAGAUGCCAUUACCCGAUACUGUGGGGGAUUUCUGGAGAAUGGUGUACGACUGGAAAUCUCUGACAAUUGUUAUGUUGAACGAUAUGACGGAAGAUAUGCAAGACGGACAAUACUGGCCAGACGACGGACACAUUCAGUACGGUCCAUUACGUGUGGAAGUGUUGUCCGAGCAACAACAUGGCGAUGUUAUCGAAAGGAAGAUAAGUUUGCAACACGUGGACAAAAUGGGAAUUGACAACUCUCGCUUCAUCACUCAGUUUCAAGCAAUCAACUGGCCCAAUAACCAUGAUACUCCUAUCUCAUUGAAUGCAAUGACAGACGUAAUGGCGAUGGUGAAAAAAAAUCAAUCGGACGUCGUACCGGUAAUUGUACAUUGCAGUAAUGGAAUAGGCAGAACCGGUAUAUUUUGUACUAUGGUUGCUGUGAGUGAUAAGAUUAGAAGAGAACAAAUUGUCGAUAUAUUCCAAGCUGUAAAGACGUUACGACUCAACCGUCCUGGCAUGGUGGAGUCAUUAAAAUUGGUUUACUGUGCAUCGACUAUACUCGAAGGUCAUUUGGGGAGCGAUAAGAACAUUAAACAUUCAUUAAUGGGUUUUAUGAAAGGAAACUACAAAUAUCGUGAUGACAAUGAAGCUCGCCCCCUGUUGGUAGCCAUUCUGCUGGGUACAUUGGUACUGGAAUGUGUAUCGCAUAACGGUGAAAGAAAUGCUUGGAAAUUACAGCACAUUGUGCAACGAAGAGCUGGGGCGGAAUUUUCACGUCUCCCUGGAAGUCACAUCGAAGAAGUAGUACGAAGUACAUGGAAAGAGCCAUCACGUCAUCCAUAG